AGCGCUUCUAAAAAAAUAAUAAUAAUAAAUAAUAAAUUAUUCAAAACAAAAUGUAAGAAUAAUCUAAAAUACAGUACAGUUCGCGUAAAUCGUGUUCGGAUUUUCGAUCGAAUAUUUGUAAUUCUAUGCACAAUUACAGUUCAUGCGUCAUAUAUGAAACAUAUUAUUAAUAAAGCCUAUACCUACAUAAAUUGUGAUCGGAUUUCGUAUGUGCCGUUAAAGAAUAAAAAUAACAAUUAAAAUUUCGAUAAUAUCGUGUUAGUGACAGCAACCUAUACUUGUCAGUAUGCACAUUACUAUAUAUGUAUACCUAGGUUGAUAUUAUUUAUCAUCAAAAUUGUCGGUUAUCUUGAGUGUCGCCGCCGCCACCGCCGUUCGCGACUUAUCGUUCUACCUCUUAUAUCAUACUAUACCGGCCAUUGUAUCAAUCUACUUCUUUAUAGGUACUUCAAAACAACGGCUUUACGACCGUGCGACGUAAAUAUAAUAAUUACUAUAAUCCUACGAACGAUCAUCGUCACCGCCUCCGCCGUCAUGUUGAUCACCGCCGCGAUCGAAUACGCCAUGGUGUCCGUAUGCAUGUUCGCGUCCAGCGCCGGUGUAGCGAUCGCCGUUGUCGCCGUCAUCGCGUACACGGUAUACGGCAGGAUUAACAGACACAAAUUGCUGUACAUUCAACAGCGGGACAUUUUAAAUACCAAAUUAAAAGCGAAAGUGGCGUCCAAGGCAGAAAAUGAUCAAGACAAGUUUUUUGAAGUCCGCGAUUAUUUGGAACGGCUAGUGGAAGGGCUGGUGGACGGAGGCCUAGAUGACGUAUGCCUCACGCCUCUGUCCACCCACCCGCUAUACAUGUCAAUAUGUUGGAAGUACCACGAACAGUUGGCCACCACGCUGACAGCAGCAAUACACUCCAUCAUAAAUGAGUCGGAUGAGUUUGAUGAUAUUCCAAUAAAAUUAAAUACAAUUUUGCAAGAAGUGUCUUAUGAUGUAGAAAAUCUUCCAGAACUACAGGCUGCCCAGAAAAAGUGCGCUGUUCCAUUGGCAGAAGACUUAAACGAAAAAAAUUACGAAGAUCUUUUGGCAACUGCUAUUUUAAAUAAGAUUGUCGCUAAUAGUCAGACGAAGAAGAAUAUCCCAAUUGGGAGGUCUCGAAUUUCUAAAUAUCCUCUUAAACAAACGGGUUCAAAUCAGAAUUCUUUAAAUCCGAAAAAGACCGAAGAGCCACGGAGAACUCCUAGAGUGUCUUUAACUGUAGAAGAAUUCACGGAAGAAGUGACGACGACUAGCUAUAAUACAUACUCCGAUAUCGAAGGCGAUUAUGAUGAUGGGUACAACGAAGGUGACGAGGAAGACGAUGAAAGAUCGCAAUCAGCCAUCGGAAUGUUCAUGUCAAACGCGAAAUUACUUCGUGGGCACACUGCACCUUUACCAGAAUUCGGAUCUGAUUCAAUUGAGGAUAGUAGUACCAUCGAUCCCGACGAUCAAGGGAUAAGCGCUACGGUGGACUCGUGGGAAGACAACUGGUUGUUUCAAAAGAAAAGAGUCAAUCGGGUGUCAGGCUCCAACAAUUAUCAUCAUCAUCCUGUUCCUGUUCCAAUGUUAGUGCCAAAUCCAUCCGAAGUCACCAGGCCGCUAAUAGGCGAUCGCGAUGCCGAUGAAACGUCUGAACUGUCCGACUACUCAAAUUCGGCACUGGAUGAGCUGCUCGAACUCUCUGAUUUCGAAUCAGAGCCGCUGCAGACGAAACAUUCGGACGUCGAUACAAACUUCACAGAUGGUGGAAUUUUAUUAUUUGAAGGCCCUAGCAGUGAAGAAGACAACCCACUUAACUGGGAUCCCAUAGUAGAGGCUUGCAACAAGCACGUCGCACUUUCCCAAGUAGACUCUGGCCAAGGUUCUAUGGAUCAUCAAAGGGAUUUUGAUCAAUCUCUAGAAGUCAAUGAAAAACCAGUGCCUAGGCCAAGGUCUAGUUUAAUGUCGAACACCACCGACAGCGAAGUCAACUCGGUGUCAUCCGACGAAGUAAACGUAGCACAAGAAGACGAACCGUUACCUCCCAGACCAGGUACAAUAGCAGAACGAGAACAUUCUAAGUGGGAAAAGGCAGCGCCACUGACAAACAACCCGUACUCCGCUGAAAACAUCGAAAAGCGCAAGUACAAGUCGUUGUUUGGCAGCAGGAGCAGUAGCGAGGCGUCAUUGAAUUUAAUCAAUGGAAACGACACGUCUGGUCCGUUAAAAAUAGUCUGCAGCCCCUCGUUACCGGACACGCAGCGGUACGGUCGAGAUUACUACAUCAAUCAGUCCGGAGAAUUAAAAGCCAGACAAAAACAGACAAAGGUAUCCAAACUGGUAGUACAAAUCGGCGGAGACGAUUACGACAGAGACGCGCGGCGAACCAGCGGCGCACUGCAGGACUCCACGCCGGUCACGCCGCAAUCCCUGUCAAGUAGCGACUCGUUCGCAGCAUUUGGUACUUGCAGCGGCCCGCAGCGCCAAGAUAAACUGGUCCAAUUGUGCUCGUGGACCGACCGGCGGGAGAGCGGCGUCGGUAUCCCUAAGGGUUCAAUCGCGGAAUCAGCCGAAGACGUGCACUGUAUGCCUUCGGUCAGAGAAUUAGCCAAACAAUUUUCGUCUAACAACGUUGAAAAUACAUGCAAGAACUCAAGCAGACAAGUACACAGUUUGACGGCCAGGAGCCUUAGCAGGGAGUAUCGCGAAGGAUUGGGAUUGAAAGUGCGUGAUAAAAACGGACACGCCGUACAAGAUUCCGACGACAGCGGCAACGGAUCUGCUAAGUCUGAAGACGCUACCACUAUAGUCACUCACCAGCUGCAGAAGACUUAAUGCAGAAAUCCGCUGUAACAGCGGGUCUACAACUUCUAUUAUUUUCGUCAUUGCUAUGGCUGUAAUAAUAUAAAGAUUUAUAUAAUUUCUAUAUUUUAUAGUCUUCACACAAUUACUAUUUUUAUAUUAUAUUACGAUAUACAUAUCAUAUUACACCUAUAUAGUGUAGGAUAUUAAUAUAAUAUUUAUAUUUUAAUAUAAUACGGUAUUUGUGCUCUAACAUUGAUUUUACAAACUAAAAUAUAAUAUCAAUGGUUAUAAGUAUAUAUACCUAGUACCUAGUAUGGGGUAUAAAUAGAACUGCAGUUGUUGUAUUGUUAUAAUUUAUUAUCGUAUAAUAAUAUUAAUUAAACUGUUAUUAUUUUUAAAUAAUAAGGAUAAUUA